AUGUAUAAUUUAUUUCCUAUAAUAUUUUUUAUUUUAAUAAUAUUUCCAAUAACAUUAGAAUGUUGUGGUGGACUUUCAACUGAUACAAUAUAUAAACUAAGUGGUAGUCGUAUUUUAAAAGGAUAUAAUGAAAAAGAUCCAUUAGGAUCAAUUAUUGGUAUUGGUCAACAAGCAUUAGAACCAUUUUUUACUACAACAAUAUCAUAUACAACAAGUACUAAAGGGAUACAAUCAUUUAUAACAACAGAAAAUAUUCCAUCAAUAAAUUAUUCUGAAGAACUUAAUUGUUCUGAAUUUGAUGAUACAUGUUUAUGGAAAAAUCUUGAUGGAUAUAUGACUGAUGAAAUGGAUUGGUAUCAAGGAAAUGGUUUUUUAAAUGAAAAUAAAUUAUAUGUAGCUUCUGGAACAGAUGAAAAACCAAAAGGAAAUUAUGGUAUUGUUGCAACAGAUAAGGUUAUGUUUCCAACAAAUAAAGCAGUAUUAAUUUCAAGUAUAAUUAAUUGCCUUACAAGUAGUGGAACAUUAAAAUUUAAAUAUUGGACAAGUCCAGAAGUUAGAAUUUUUGUAUGUGUCAUGAGAACAAGUAAAAUUUAUCCAGAUUUUGAUUAUUGUAGUCCUCCAAUUGAAAAAGGAGAUCCAGGACCAGCAAUUAUAUCAAUACCAGAUGUUAAUAAAGAACCAUUUCAAAUAUUUAUAAGAGCAGAAAAUUUUAUUUUCAAAAAUGGUGACUUAGAAGGUGGUUUUGCUAUUUUAGAUGAUAUAGAAUUUGAGGGUGAAAUAUGUGAUAAACAAUCAAAAAGAGCUUUUGAUCCUAUAAUAUAUAAAACAAAUGAAUUAUUUUCAAAAGUCAAUAGAGAUAGUAAAAAAAAUACAUAUGAAAUUGAUGGUGAAAUUAUAGAUAAUGUUUGUGAUAUAUUAACUUGUAAUUUUGAAAAAAAUGACAUUUGUAUUAAUAAUGAUAUAUAUGGUAACUUUAAUAUUGUUAAAGGACAAUAUAAAAAUAUAAAAAAUGAUGCUUCAACUGGUAAAAAAGGUUUUGAGGAUAAAGAGGGAUUUUAUGCAGUUAUUGAAGGACCAAAAAAGUAUAGUCGAUUAAUGACACAAAGUUUUACAUUAGAAGAUGAAAUAUAUUUUAUGUUUAGUUAUCAUAAAGUAUCUCCUUUAGGAAAAUUAAGACUUAUUCGUAAAUUAAAAGAAAAAGAUGUUGAAGAAAUUUUAUUCGAAAGUCCUACAGAAGGUUUUACAACAAAUAAAUGGUUAAAAGAAGGAAGAACUCUUAUACCUGGAGAAUAUAAUUAUAUUGCAAUAGAAGUAGUUGAUUUACCUGAUAAUAGUACUGUUGGAAUUGAUGAGUGGUUCCUUUUAAGUAUUCAUAAAGAUUUAUAUUGUAAUGAAUAA